AUGCGACACAGACGCGGGCUUGCUAUAGGCAUCCUUCUCGUGUUACACAUGAGUGGAACUCUCAGCGACCAAACAUCAAAUGAAAGUGGAGGUGGUGGAGGCAGUCCUAGCGCAGACUCAAACAAUGCAGCAGAACCAUCAAGCGAUCAGUUGGCUAUGGAAUCAGCAGAGCGAGAAACGCCUAGCCAUGCGUAUAAUGGUCCACCUCCACCCGUACCACCGCCACAUAACAGAAGACAGAAUCCUCCACACCAUCAGCCACACCACUCAAUAGGUAUGCCAAGGAUUCCUAAUCAUCAUCAAAUUCAUUCAAAACCUUUUGGGCUCGGUCCUCCAGUUAAUCAUCACAAAAAUGAUAUUGGGUCAGGUUUCCGUGGUCCUCCACCUCCACCUGCACCGCCCGCUGAUGCUCAAACUUCUGCCAGUGACAAAGUUUUUAGUACCACAGGAGAUGUUUGGCCAGCACCUGCUCCUGAUAUGCCUAAGAUUUUAUCACUUGAUGUCAAGUGUGAGAAAAAUGCUAUGAGAGUGUUUUUAAGUUUUGACAAGCCAUUCUUUGGUAUAGUAUUUUCUAAAGGACAUUACUCAAAUCAUCAAUGCGUACAUCUUCCACCUAAUCUAGGAAGAACAUCGGCGUCAUUCGAAAUUGGUGCGCACGCUUGUGGUACGGCUGGCAGUGGAGAUCCUAGAUACCGUGGCGAUGUCGCGGCGGCCGGAACAUAUUUCGAAAAUGUAAUUGUGAUACAAUAUGAUCCACAAGUACAAGAAGUAUGGGAUCAAGCACGUAAAUUACGUUGCACUUGGCAUGAUCAAUACGAGAAAGCUGUUACGUUCCGUCCAUUCCCAGUAGACAUGUUAGAUGUAGUUCGUGCUGACUUUGCCGGUGAUAAUGUGGGCUGCUGGAUGCAAAUACAAGUCGGAAAGGGACCUUGGGCUUCAGAAGUAUCAGGACUUGUCAAGAUUGGACAAACAAUGACAAUGGUAUUGGCGAUUAAAGAUGACGAUGCAAAGUUUGAUAUGUUAGUUCGUGAUUGCGUAGCUCAUGAUGGUCAACGCGCACCUAUACAAUUAGUCGAUAGGCGAGGCUGUGUAACCAGACCAAAGCUUAUGUCAAGAUUUACAAAAAUAAAGAACUUUGGGGCGAGUGCGUCAGUUCUUUCAUACGCUCACUUCCAAGCAUUCAAAUUCCCCGAUUCAAUGGAAGUCCACUUCCAAUGUACGAUACAGAUUUGUAGAUAUCACUGUCCCGAUCAAUGUUCCGACGUUGGCCCGAACGUUAUUGCACCCCAUGCUGAAUAUGGACCACCACAGAUUGACUCAUACCCUGUUAAUGUGGAAAUAAGAAGGGAUGAACGACGAGUUCGAAGACAACGCAGAGCCACAACGCCUGAGAAAGAAGUUGGUGUAAAUAGAGUAAUCCGCGUUGUGUCGGCCGGUGACCUAAAUUUAGAUACCUCAGAAGAGAAUACACCACCGAAAAUCGUACCAACUCCAGGUUUAGUUUGUAUGACAACUCCAGGCUUUGCCGCAACACUCGGUGCCCUUCUUGCCACAUUAAUAUGUUCUAGUGCAAUGUCAGCCGUUCUGUUCUUUAAACUACGACCUAUUUCAAAAUUGAAGAAGAAAACUGCCGCAAUCAGCACGAUACCACGGCCGCAUCCGACGACUGGACCUCAUAUUAUCUCGAAAAGUCGAUUUUACUCGUAACAUGUAGAGCUCUUUUAAUUUAAUUUGUAAAUAGUAGUGUAAUGAGACUGAAGUAUCAUCAUACCAAUACAUCGUUAAAUAUGCUCAAAUAAUUUAGAUGCUAUUGGAAAUCAUUUAGUUUUAUCCUUAAUCAAUUGAACAAAACAAUGAAUUGCAUAAUUAUACUAAAUCAUGCAACCUGGCUUCAGUUGAGUAUUCUCGGUCACGAAUAAAAGAUAUACGAAUAAAUUACUAACUUUCUCGAUAAGCCCAAAUGUAGUAUUAAAACUUCAAGUACAAUCUUCUGUUACCUCUUAUUGAACUGUGUUUGAUACAGGGGCAACGGAAAAUCGAAUACGUGAUUUAGCAUCACUUAGGUACACCGCUAGAUAUAAUAAUUUAAAUUAACUUGUCAUUAGUAUUAAUAUUAUUUAUUUUAAUUAAGUUUUUUAUAGUCAUUACCUAUUUACUAGCUAUGAUAUUUACUUUACCACCUGAGUACCUCUCCUUCUUUUUAAUGUUUAGUUACGUUUUCUUGUUUUAUUUUAUAAUGACUAUGAAAUGUUAUAUUUAAAUGAUGUCGUUUAUCGCCAAAUUGAUGUCGAGUGUCUUUAUAUGUUUCACUAAUUUAAUCAAUGAUGUACGACAACAUGAACAGAUGUAGUAUUGAAUAUAUCUAAACAAUAUAAGA